AUGUUAAAUAAAUUAAAAGGUGUCAUUAGCAACAACAACACGGUUGGAUCCGUGGAAAAUCAAAUCAAUUCGACAGCAAAAUCAGCCAAAGAACAAGUCAAGAAAAAGUUAAAACAAGAAAGACGCAACAAAAAAACUACAGAAAGAACUAAUAUAUGGUCGGAUGAGAGUAGUGUAGUGAGUUAUUGUGGUUCGGGUACUCUUCCACCAAAUAUUACUCCUGAUCUUGUUGAUGAGAAAUAUAUGCAAAUGUUGGUUGAGAUUGGUGUUUCCGAUGAAGUACGAGAAUAUGAAUCAACAACUAAAAGUACACUUGCCAAAUGGAAUGAAUGUCAAAGAUAUGAACAAUCAAAACACGAGAGUGAUGAACAAGAAAAUAAUGAACAAAGUGUUGAAGAAUUAGUAUCAGGCUGGGAACAACGAGGCUAUGAUUUACAAACAUUGGAAACCAUUCACGUACUCAUUCGUACUGCUCCUACUAAUUGGGUUCACCAUUUCAGUAUUCAUAAAGGAAUCCGAGCAAUUGGAGAAUGUUUGGCUCUUACCAACGUACUCGGAAAGAAACGUGAUCAAGAAGAAUUACAAAAACAAGCACUUUGUGUGAGUUCUUUAAGAGCUUUGGUUAACACUACCAUUGGUGCCGAUGAAUUCUUGUCUGAAACGGAGGCAGUCAAAAACUUGGCCCUCAUUCUUGACACUUAUAACAUUAACACAGCAAGUCAGUGUUUGAGAAUUUUAGCAAUUUUGUGUGGAUGGUCCUUACAGGGAUUCUCGCUCGUCAUGAGUGCUUUUAACCACUACAAGUUGGUAAAGAGAGAAAAGAAGAGAUUUUUCGAUAUUGUCCAAAGAGUGCAAGAAACAAGAGAUUUAGAAUACAAGCUUUCAGUGAUGAUUCUGAUGAAUGCAUUACUAACCAAUGCUCCUGAUGAAGGAAGUAAAUCUCUCAUCAAGAAAGAAAUGAGAAAUCUUGGAAUGGUUGAAUUGGUGGAUGAACUUAAGAAUGAAUUAGCCAAUUCUCUAUAUGGAGGAAACGAAAAUGAAGAUACGUUGGUUGAGCUUGGAAAGCAAAUUGAGAAAUUCGAAGAUAAGAUGAGCGAUCUUGGAGACGAACAUGCUGUGCUCAAAGAUCUUAGUGAUCCUACUGAAAUUGUAAAACUACUGAACAUGAUGUUAAACGAAGCAUCCAUGACAAGUAUGCUAAAUGUACUACAGAGAUUGCUGAAUAUUGUUUUGAAAAUGAAGGAAGGAGCUUUGGACAGAGAAACUGUGAUGGAAGCAUGGAAAAAUAUGUUGACAUUGGUCAAGAGAAGUUUGAAACAAUCACGAGAGACAGGAGAUGUUGAAUAUUGGACAAAUCUUGAAAUCAAAUUAGAAGAGCAAGUUAGACUGAACCAAAGUCAGAUUAUUGAUCUUGAAGACUCACAAUAUAAAUUUAAACAAGAACAAAACGAAAGAUUGCAAGGAAAAGAAUUUGAAGCAGCUCAAAAAGAAAAGCAAAUGAGAGACAUUUACGAUCGACUUGAGAAUGAAAAGAAGACCAUUCAACAAGAAUACGAUCUGAACCAGAGAAAGAUUGAAGAGAUUAAACAAGAAAUUGAAGCAGUACUAAAGGAAAUUCAAGAAGCAGAAGAAUCUAAAUCUAAACUAGUUUCAGAACAAGAAACUUGGAAGAAAAAGUUGGAAUCAGACAAAGAUUCUCAAGAUGAUAAUAUCAAAAAUCAACUCAAGGAACUUACAGAUGAAACAGAUAAAGUUGAAAAAACAGGGAAAGAGAAGUUACAAAAGCUUAAAACCGAACAUCAAAAGCUAGAAGCUAACGAAAAAUCUUUACAGGAAGCCAUUUCUUCAAUUCAGAAGGAAAUCGAUUCGAUCAAGAAAAAUCCAAUUAAGGUACCUCCCUCCACUCCUCCUCCAUCUUUGACUGAUAAUGUGCCACCUCCACCAGGUAGCACAGGAUUUGUUCCUCCACCACCACCAGGCAUGGGUGGAAAUGUUCCUCCACCACCAGGUAGUUCAGGAUUUGUACCUCCACCACCAGGAAGUACAGAUAACCAGAUUGAUGUAAGUGGAGGAGGCAAUGUCCCUCCACCACCAGGUACUACAGGAUUUGUUCCUCCACCACCAGGCAUGGGUGGAAAUGUUCCUCCACCACCAGGUAUGGAUGGUAGUGUGCCACCUCCACCAGGUAGCACAGGAUCUGUUCCACCUCCUCCUGGCAUGGGUGGCGUACCUCCACCACCAGGCAUGGGUGGAAAUGUUCCUCCACCACCAGGAAUGGGUAGCAUCCCUCCUCCACCAGGAAUGGGUGGUGUUCCUCCUCCUCCAGGAAUGGGUGGCGUACCACCUCCACCAGGUAUGACAGGUGUACCAAUGCCUCCAGGUGUUCGUGGUGGAAUUGGAGGCGGUGCUUCUGCUCUUCCAACUCUUCCAGACAAAGCUCCAAAAGAGGCUACAAGAAAUGUACACUUUGACCAAAUCAACAAGACCACCCUUAAUAACACUGUAUUUAUGACAAAAGGGAUUGCUUCAAAAACAAACAAGAUUAUUGAAGAAAUUGAUUUGGAUCAGUUGACUUCAUGCUUUUCUACAAAAAAGAAAGAAGAUCCAGGAAAAGAUGCAAAACCUUCAGACAAGAAAAAAGAAGUUAAAUCUAUGCUUGAUCCAAAACGUAGCUAUGCUGUGUCGUUGCAAUUAGGUUCUUUAAGAGGUACAAGUUAUGAACAAUUGAAGAAGGCAAUAAUUGUUAUGGAUGAAAAGGUUGUAACAGCAGAUAACAUUGGAACGGUCAAGCAAAUUGCUCCUGAACAAGAAGAAAUUGACACUGUUAAUACCUAUGAUGGUCCAUUGGAUGAGCUUGCAGAACCUGAUAAAUUCUUCAAGGUUAUGGAUGGUAUUCCAAAUUUGAAAGGAAGAUUGGACGCUUGGGAGUUCAAGUUUAAAUUCCCUGACAUUAGCGGUAAAAUUCGACCUGACAUUCAAAAUCUAACUCUAGCAUGUAAGGAAAUGCAAAAUUCGAAAGGAUUUAUCAGAUUGUUGAGUAUCAUUUUAGCAAUUGGUGAUGGUAAAAGCUCACUUUUGCAAUACAUUGUAAAAUUCGUCCAAGAGAAGGAACCUGAGGUUGCAAAAUUUGACACAGAACUUGAACACGUGCAAGCAGCAACUAGAGUUAAUAUUUCAACAUUGGAAGAAGAUUUAGAAGAAUUGAGAAAAGGUCAAAAUAUUCUUCAAACUCAAAUUCAAAAGGCUCAAGAAGACGCACUCGAAAACGAUGGUUUUGUCGAGAAAAUGCUACCAUUUGCUGAAAAAGUGGAAAACACAAUCAUCAAAAUCAAGGAAGAUAUGGACGUCAUGAAAUCUCACCUUGAAGAAGUUGCAGAAUUAUACAAUGAAAGCAAAGAUGACUUACUGAAAGAACCUGACAAAUUCUUCCAAAUGAUUGAUGCCUUUGUUCAACAAUUCAAACAAGCAGCUGAAAAGAACGUUCAACAACAAAAGGCAGAUGAGAAGAAGAAGAAAGCUGAGGAAGAGAAAUUGAAAAAGGAAAAGUUAAAGGAAGAACUUAAAAAAGGUGGCACAACCUCCACUCGAUUAGGAGGAACGUCGACGACUGCUGGCAGCAGUAACACCAAGCCAAGUGGUAUUGGAAUGUUUGGUCAAUCUGUUGCACUCAAAGCAAGAAAGAGAGGAGAUGAUUUGCAAGGUGGAAAUCUUGAUGCAGGAUCUCUGAAUGCUGCAUUUGUCAAAAAGUAA